CCCAGCUCUUCCUCCCCCUUCAUCAACUUCCUUCCCCUUCACCGAAGCUGAGUUGUCAAGCCAUCGCAUGCAGGCAGGGACAAGCCGUGGGGCAGCCAGCCACUGUCCUUUGAUGAUCGUGUCCCCUUUCCCGGUAGUGCUGGGCUUCUGAUGAAGAGUGCGCCGCAACGUAGCUAGAAUAGGCACAUGUCGACGUGGUCUCCGGCUCGACCUAGGACGAAUCAGCCCUGUUAGCCCAGUCCGUAGAUUGAUCUCUCAUCCCGGAAAGUAAACCGGCUACAUCCCACAUCCCAUACCCCCGAGCGGAGGGGAAGCCCAUCCGAUCCGUCCAUCCCGCCCGAACGGCCCUAUCCUGCCUGCUGUUACAUUCUUGUCCGUCCAACAUAUCCGACAUGUCCUACAACGACGAUGCUGUCUUGGCCAAGCUGUCCGCCCUGUCGGAGGCGGCUGACAGCAUCGUGGCGGUAGCGCAAUGGAUCAUGUUCCAUAGGCGACAUGCGGAUCGCACGGUUCAGUUAUGGUUUCAGCGGCUUAAGGACUCUACGAGUCACAAACGAUUGAACCUCAUAUACCUUGCGAAUGAGGUCGCGCAACAAACCAAGGCCCGUAACCGGGACGAUUUCGUCGUCGCCUUCUCGCCUAUCAUCGCCGAAGCUGUCGCCACUGCGUAUAAAGGCGCUACGAUGGAUGUCCAGCAGAGAAUUCUCCGGGUGAUCGAAGUCUGGAAGGAGCGCAACGUCUUCGAACGGCCCAUCCUGGCUGCCAUAGAAGCCCGCGUACAAGAAAUCGACCAGGCUCGCGGUAGCGCCAAGGCCGGACUUGGGGGCUCUAUUUUCGGGUCGGCCUCUAUUCCGGCAGAGCUGGCCCCUUUAACCACGCCCCAGCAAAAUGUUACGAAGCUGCUCCUAGGCACGAAAAGCACGAUGAACUCGGCCAAUCAGGAGUACGACAAGUUAAUGGGCCCGGAUAGCGCGAUUCCUUCCGCCCCCGUUUAUGCUGCUCGCCUAAGCGGUCUUCUCAAGACCUUAGCCCAGGCAGAAGGAGCGGUGGAUCAAUGCGUCAAAGCCCGCCGAGAACUCGUCGCCGCGCUCCAGAAGGUUUUAGACGGCAACCGGAGCGCAUUGAUAGCUGAAGAAGACCAGUUGGAAACCUGCGUCAGGAGAAGGAUGGAUGUUGAGGAGAAGAAGACGGAGGUGGAGAGGGCGAUAAUAGCGGGCCUCCCAAACGACGAGCCAUAUUCGCCCAAUAAUGGUCUCGACGACCAGCCGGCCCCGGAGCCGGAUAGACCCGAGGUCGAGGCACUUACGCCCCCCGCCCUAGAACCAGAUCUCGCCGAAAAUCCGGACCCGGCGGACCCGGCGGAGCCGAGCUGGCCAUCGAACGUCGCGCAAGAAUCUGCGUCGGAUCCACUUAGUAGUCUAGGCACUGGAGCACAGUCCGGCCUUGCUGCCCACUACAAGUCCGUUGCAACUUCGGCGAACGGGUCUAAGAAGAGGAAGCUAGAUGACGCCAAUGACUUUCCUGACCUAGGGGAGGACGACGGCAUCGAUGCGGACGUAGCUGAAAUGCUUCGUACUGACAGCAACGGCUCAUGAUCGUAGCAGGUACACCCGCUGGGGGGGGGGGGGGCCUCCUGGAAUAGUCAUGCCUCGUUGCUACCGGUGGGCGUCGAGAGACGAAGAAGAUGAAGGACGGAAUGCCUGGGCAUGGGUAAGAAGGGGAGAAUUGGGGAGGGGGGAUGGUAGUGGUGGUAACCUACCUGGCUUUUUAUUUUUAUGGCCUGGGUUAAACCUACAUGCACUGUACUAAUCACGACCGCGACCCGAUUCAUCAGAAAUGUAUUGUGUAUUCCUAGUCAUUGACUUUCAUCUGUAAAAGCCAAAAACAAAAGAAAACUACAUGAUCCUCCG